UCGUUUCCUGCGUGUGACCGACCUAACGUCCUCAACGAGAAGCGGUGUGAUAUCAAACGAGGAUUUCUGUCCUCUGUCGGGAUUCUUUGGUGAAUUUCGGAGUUGUAAUCAUGGGUUUCGAGAGGAAGAUGCUCACACACGGUGACCCCGACGACGAGGAGGAAGAUGCACCUGCUGAAGAGGAAGAGGAGGAGGAAGAAGAAGACAUGGUGGACCCUCUAGAAACAAUACGAGUCAAGUGUGAGCAGACUGAACACUGUGUGCACUACAAGGAGCGUCUGGAGACAUGUGAAGCCCGUGUCAGCUCCAGAUCCAACACUGAGGAGGAAUGCACAGAAGAACUCUUCGACUUCCUGCAUGCACGAGACCAUUGUGUAGCACACAAGCUGUUCCACCAAGUGAAAUGACCUGCCUGCCCAGUUUCCACCACUUGGAGCUGUAGAAUCCUAACUGCAAAAAUUGUAAAAUAAUCAGGAGAGUUCUGUUGUUCCUGUGUAUUAAUGUAAAUUGAUUUUCUUGGGUUCCUUGACUAACAACAUGCCACCCUUUCUGUAUACAGUACAUACUUGCGUAGACCGUAUUGGAAGCAGUAUAUUUAAUCAGUCGCUACUUGUAUAGGUUUUGGGUUCAUCCAACUUGUCAAGGUUGUACAAAGAACGGGCUCAGACUGUUUCUCAUAAUGUGGUCAGUAUAUAUGCUGCUCCAGUAACGGAGAAGUUACCUCAGGUUUGGUCAUGAAUUCAUCACGCUGACUGAAAAUAAAAGGUUUUGUUUUGUUUCCA